CGCGGGCGGGGGAAGGAGCGAGCUGUUGCCCCCGGAAGUAGCCCCUUGCGCGUCCCGGAAGUCUAAGUUCCCUCGGGCUCUGCCGGGCCCUUCCGGUGGCUUCUGCGGCCGCCUAGGUGGUGGGCGAGGGUGGCGGCUCCUCACUGCUGGCCGCGGGAGCGCCGUGGGCUGCCGUGGGAGCUGCGCCCGGCCUCACAGCUUCACCAGCCUGGUCUUUGCGGGCGGCUGGCCAAAUCCCGAGCCCCUGGCCUUAGUGAACAGCCAGCUGACCCCCAGACUGUCAAGGCCUAGACCACCUGGACUGACUUCGACUCAUGGAGCCUCAGGGUGAGAAGCCAGGAGAGGCCGAAGGGGUGCGCAUCACCUCCCAGAUGCUCAAGUCUUGCUCAGGCGAGUUUGCCCUGGAGUCCAUCCUGCUGCUGAAGCUACGAGGCUUGGGACUGGUGGACCUCGGCUGCCUAGGAGAGUGCCUGGGUCUCGAGUGGCUGGACCUUUCCGGCAAUGCGCUCACCCAGCUGGGCCCCCUGGCCUCCUUGCGCCAGUUGGCAGUCCUCAAUGUUGCCAACAAUCGACUGACAGGGCUGGAGCCACUGGCUGCCUGCGAGAACCUGCAGAGUCUCAAUGUUGCAGGCAACCUGCUGGCCACCCCUAGCCAGCUGCAGUGUCUGGCGGGGCUGCGGGGCCUGGAGUACCUGCGGCUCCGGGACCCUUUGGCCCGGCUCAGCAACCCUCUCUGUGCCAGUCCCUCCUACUGGGCGGUGGUCCGAGAGCUGCUGCCAGGCCUGAAGGUCAUCGACAGUGAGCGUGUGACUGGGCGUGGCAGUGAAUUUUACCAGCUGUGUCGGGACCUGGACUGCUCCUUGCAGCCCAGCUCCAGCCCAGGCCCCAGCACCACGGAGGCCCAGCCCUGGGUGGAGCCAGGGUACUGGGAGUCCUGGCCACCCCGGAGCAGUUCCAUACUGGAGGAGGCCUGCCGGCAGUUCCAGGACACUGUGCAGGAGUGCAGAGACCUGGACCACCAGGCUGCUGACAGCCUGGCCCAGGCCGAGCAGGCACUCAGUCCUGCGGGUACCGCCUCAUCCUUUGUCUUCUAAAUGUGCCCCAUGGCCCCGGACAGUGUGGCACAAGGCCAUGGGGUUGGCACAGUGUGACCUAGCUGCCCACAUUUCCCCUCCUGCCUCUGCACUUGUCUUUACUGUUCAUCACACUGGUCACUGUCCCUGCAACCUGGGCUAUUCAUUUAUCCCUGUUCCUAAGAGCAGACCCCCUCCUUCCCACUCCUACCUCAAGAAAAUCUCUAUGUUCUUCAGGGAAGUACUUCCCCAGUGCUUCAAGCAGGUGUAAGGACCCUCCAUUAGCAGCUGGCAUUGUGCGGCUGUCCUGCCACCUAUGCCAUACGCCUGGGGAGGAGGCUGCAGGCCCUUGUCUGCCACUCCUGGCUGCUCAGGCCUUGGACUACUCCCUAAGGUUAAAGGUGGCAAAGGAAGGGAUGGAGUGCCCCCCAUCCCAGCGGUCCUGGAAAUAGAUAUGAGCAGAGCACAGAGCAUGGAAGCUGGCAUUUACCCCUUUCCAGAUUUGCCUACCCACAUGACCCUCUGCCCUGCCCCACCAGUCCCGUGUCUCCAGGGAGCCUCCACUGCCCAUUCUAAACCCUAUUAAAUAUUUGUUUUAAUUCUGUUGCA